AUGAAGAGUGUUGCCCUUCUCUGCGGCCUUCUGGCCUCGUCGGUGUCGGCCCACAUCCAGAUGUCCAACCCGUACCCCAUCCGCAGUCCCCUCAACCCCAACGGCGGUGACAACAAGGACUACUCGUACACCAACCCUCUGUCCAGUGACGGCCACGACUUCCCGUGCAAGGGAUACGCGAAUGACCCGUUCUCGUCGGUAGCCAACUACUCCCCCGGUGGUUCAUACAGCCUGGAACUGCAGGGCAGUGCCACGCACGAGGGAGGGUCCUGCCAGAUCUCUCUCUCUUACGACCAGGGCAAGUCCUUCAAGGUGAUCCACUCGAUGAUCGGCGGAUGUCCCCUCACCUCCAAGUACCAGUUCUCGAUCCCCUCGGACGCGCCCGGCGGGCAAGCGCUCCUAGCGUGGUCGUGGUUCAACAAGGUCGGCAACCGCGAGAUGUACAUGAAUUGCGCCCAGGUCACCAUUGGCGGCUCCAAGAAGCGUGAGGUCGCGCAGCAGGAGAUCGCCGGGGCCGUCGCCAGCUACAGCAGCGCCCCGCCCAUGUUCAUCGCCAACAUCAACGGACCGGGCGGCUGCACGACCACGGAAGGCCAGGACGUCAACUUCCCCCUGCCCGGCUCGUCCGUGGAGGGUAGCGGCUCCGGCACCGGUUACACCUGCACGGGCUCGGCGGAUUUCCUGGGCGGCUCCCACGGCACCAACUCCGCCGCCUCGUCCUCGGCUUCUUCCUCUUCCUCUUCCUCCUCCCACAACGCCUUGACUUCCUCGUCGGCGGGGUAUGCAUCGCCAUCCUCUUCCUCUUCCUCUUCCGCCCACUCCAGUAGCGGUAGCUCCUCCCACGAAAACGUGCACGGUGCCGCUCACGGGGCCGCCCACAGUACCACCCACGGCGGCGCUUGCGUCGACAACACCAUCAUCUGCGACGAGGACGGCAAGAGCUGGGCCCUGUGCGCCCACGGCCGUCCGGUCCACAUGGGCUCCGUUGCUGCGGGCACAUACUGCAAGCACGGUGCCAUGCACGCCGCCUGA